AUGAAUAAUUAUUUCAGUCUAUCAUCAACAUCAGCAAACGAUCUUUUUUCAAGCAAUGCAACAACGAACACUACCAAUGCUGGAUCAUCGACAACUGAUGACCAACAAACAACAAAUAACGAUGUUAACAAUUCAACAUCAUUCCUUUAUGACAAUGAUUAUAAUCGAGGUGGAUUUUCAUCACCAUUCGAUCGAAUAACAUUUCCUAAUCCAACAGCACAUAAAGAUCAACUAAUGAAUUCAUAUUCAAAUUUUACUAUGAUGCAAGCAGCAGCUGCAUCUAUUUCGAGUUCAGCAUCUCACCAUCAUCAUUUACAACAGCAGCAACAACAACAGCAACAACAAAUUCAUCUUCAACAACAUCAAUCAACAAAUGAUUAUCUUUUACCACCGCCAAAUGGUACUACGUCAUGGAAACAAUCGGAACCAAUAUCAUCAUCAUCGAUAACUGCUACACCAGGCAAUGAUAUGAUGCCACCAACAGCAAUACCAACAUCUCAUCCUCAUCAUCAUCAAUUAUCAAAUUUUCCUAUGGCAGUUACAAAUCCAAUGCUUUAUUAUGCACAUCCAUGGAUGAGACCAGAAUUCAAUUUUGAGCAUAAACGUACACGUCAAACAUACACACGUCAUCAAACACUUGAGUUAGAAAAAGAAUUUCAUUACACAAAGUAUUUAUCACGUCGACGACGCAUUGAAAUUGCUGGUGGUCUUGGAUUAACCGAACGACAAAUCAAAAUUUGGUUUCAAAAUCGUCGUAUGAAAUGGAAAAAAGAAAAUAAUUUUGCAUCACUCAAUGAUCCUAAGGUUAAACUAGAAGCAAAUGCAACAAGUCAUGCUAGUAUUGGACAGAAUCAUCAUCCACAUGCGAUGUCAACAACUGAUGCAUCAUCAUCAUCAUGGGUAUCGGGUACAAACGUUAAAAAAGAAAACAAUCCUCAUCUUUCUCAUCAACAUCCUCAUCAAUACGGUAGCAAUGGAAAUAAUAAAUAG